ACCUCAAUUUGUGAAGUGCUAGAUGAGACCACUUGCCAAGAAGUGCUUGCUCACCUUCCUUUAACAGCAGGGGAAUCUCCCUUUCCUGUUCUGGGUGAAGCUGAAGAAGACUCAUCAACGAAGUCCAAUCCUUCUCACCAACCUCAGCCCACACCUCCCAGCAAUUGAACUUGAAAACACUUGGUUAAAACCACUUCCUAUCUGAGACUAGAGAAUGUCAGGCACAAUUUCCUGGCUGAACAAAUCAGCCUAACGUUUAUAGAGAGCCUCUCAUUGUCACAGACACUGGAUGGACCAGCAAGGAUGACAACCCUAACGGAUUAAUCCUGUCAUCUUCCAUCCUCUCAGCACGAUGCUAACAAGAGGCUGACUGGAAACCCAGAAUUCUGCAGAGAAAGAUCUUCUCUUCACUGUCCCUAAGUAGGCAGUCCAUCCCAGGUGCCAAGAUGGAGUCAAGCUUGCUGAUGUGGAAAUUCUUCACAUUCAUCAUGGUAACUGACUGCAUGCCAGAGUUUUGUAUUCUCAGCCCACCAAAUCUCACACAUGCCACAUUCAAAGCCAUCACCUAUGAAAUCGGCACCCUGUUAAACUGUGACUGCAAGAAUGGUUUCCGCAGAAGCAGAGGGUCGCUCUUUAUGAAUUGUACAGGAAAUGCUGACCCCUCUGCCUGGAAAAACCAAUGUCAGUGCAACAUGAAUUCCCACAGGAAGAAACAAAAACAAGCUACUCCUAAACCUAAAGAACCGAAGGAAAGAAAAAACACAGAAAUGCAAAGCCAAACACGGCCCACAGACCAAGUUAACCUUCAAGGUCAUUGCACAGAGCCUCCUCCAUGGGAACAUGAAGCUUCAGAGAGAAUUUAUCACUUUGUGGAGGGCCAGACAGUUCACUAUGAGUGCGCCCAGGGAUUCAGGGCCAUCCAGAAAGGUCCUGCCACGAGUACCUGCAAAAAGAUCUGUGGGAAGAUAAGGUGGACACAGCCCCAGCUCAAGUGCACAAGUGAGAGUGAGAACGAUCAGUUUCUAGGUGACAAAGAGUCUCCAGCAAUCACGGACACUCCUUCUGGGAGUGAAGCUUCCUGUCCCUUCACCACGACAGGUACUACGACAGGUUUUCAGAAAUAUACAGAUGUGUCUACAACCACGGAGAUGUUCAUAUUUACCAUGGAGUAUCAGAUAGCAGUGGCCAGCUGCAUUCUCCUGCUGAUCAGUAUUUUCCUUCUGAGUGUGCUCACCUGGCAGCGGAGACGAAUCCUACAUUUGAUCUUAUUUACCUGCCAGCAAUUACUAGGAACUAGUGAUGAGCCAGAGCUGGCUUACACUGGCUCCUGA